UCAAAACACUCGUAUCACUGCCGUUUGGUGCGAUCUCUCGAUAUCCACCAUUUUCCUCGUGCGCACACUGUUGUACAGAAAGACAACAAAGAGGAAUUUCAGUAUUUAUUGGCGAGGUUCUCGUCGCUGUUUAACAGUCCAAGGUACUCCCAGUUAUUAGUGAACUGUGCAUCAUGUCUGAGCCAGAAAAUCCUUCCAGCGAAACAGUCGAGGAUGUUGAGGAAGAGCUUGAUGGUGAAGCAGUUGAGGCUGGGGACAGUCAGGCCAUUGCUGCUCAGUUGAUGAAAAACCCUGGAGUGCUGGCCGCCUUGCAAGACAAACUCUCCUCAAUUGUGGGCUCUCCUUCAGGAUACAUUCAAAGUCUACCAAAAGAAGUCAAAAGACGCAUCAAAGCUCUGAAAAAGCUGCAGAAUGAGAUUAUUAAUGUAGAGGCAGAGUUUUAUAAAGAAGUAAACUUGCUGGAGUUGAAAUAUGCCCCCAAGUACACAGCCCUGUUUGAAAAGAGGAAAGAGGUUGUGAGUGCAGCACGAGAACCCACAGAUGAAGAGUGUGACUGGCCUAGCGAUGAGGAGGAGGAAGAUGAGAAAGAUGAAGAAGGAAAGCUUGCACCCGAUUCUCAACAGGGAGAGCUCAAGGACAAGACUAGUCUAGAAGGCGCCAAGGAGGCUGGUGGCGAUGGAGAGGAAAAGAAAGCUGAAGAAGAUACGAAGGGUAUUCCAAGUUUCUGGCUCACAAUCUUCAAGAAUGUUGAUAUGCUCUCAGAAAUGGUGCAGGAACAUGAUGAACCAAUCAUGGCACAUUUACAGGAUAUUCAAGUUGUCAUCCACGACAAAGAUCCUGUUGGGUUCUCAUUAGAGUUCCGCUUUGAGCCAAAUGAGUAUUUCACAGAGACUGUUUUAACCAAGCGGUAUGAAAUGAGGUAUGAGCCGGACCCUCAGGAUCCUUUUGCAUUUGAAGGCCCAGAAAUCAUCAAAUGCACUGGUUGCACAAUCACUUGGAACAAAGGCAAAAAUGUGACGGUGAAACAAAUCAAGAAGAAGCAAAAGCAUAAAGGACGGGGACUCACCAGAACGGUGACCAAGCAAGUGCAGGCUGACUCUUUCUUCAAUUUCUUCAACCCCCCUGCAGUCCCAGAAGGAUCUGAAUCUGAAGUGGAUGAGGAGAUUGAGGCCUUACUCGGUGCUGACUUUGAGAUUGGACAUUUUAUUCGUGAGAGAAUAGUGCCAAGAGCAGUGCUGUUCUUCACAGGAGAGGCCAUCGAGAAUGAUGAUUAUGAUGAUGAGGAGAAUGAAGAGAGCUCUAGUAGCGAUGGAGAGGAUGACGAGUACGAUGAAGACAAUGAUCCCGACUUCAACCCCGAGAAAUGCCAGACCAACAGACCGCGCUGCAUCAAGGCUUGCUGCCCACAGAAGCCCAGGUCUCUUAGAAAUUGAAGGCCCAAGGCAAACCCAAUGAAUGCAAACAGCAAUAGAGUGUGUCAUGCAUGUGUGCGUCCUCGACUUUGGCGAAUUGAUUGUGAUAUUUGUACCGAUUACAUUGAAAUCUCAUGAUGUCAUGAUCAAUUGAUGCUGUCCUAACUACUUGCUCCAGUUGCUUUGUAUUCAAUUUUAAGAAUAAAUCUUUACAUUCACUUUG